AUGGAAGAAAGUAAGAACCAAGAGCCUGAAGAAAGAAACGACGACAGGCUCGUCGCCAUCAAUCAUCAGCUGAAGGAAAUUCAGGACAGAAUCAGUAAUUGGGAAAAGGAUCAAUCCUAUACUGAAGCUCACGAGUACAUGAAAGCCGCCGAUCAAGCUCGGAAAUUGAUCCACAACUUGGAAAAUAGUAUUCCCCCAAGCACAAACAGCACCUUACUGGUUAAGGCCCACGAAGUACUCGAGAAGGUAAUGUCUCGACUCGAGGACGAAUUCCGGCGCCUGCUGGUGCAUAACAGACAGCCUUACGAGCCUUGCGCAAGUGAGGUUGACUUCAUUGAUAGCAAGGCAGAGUCGGCCCUUCAAGACCACGCCAUCGAGCUGAUGUGUCCGGACGUGAUCUCGAACCUGAGAAGCAUCGCCAAUUUCAUGUUCCACUUGAACUACGGUCGGGAGUGCUCUCGGGUGUUUGUGGAAGUUCAGAAAGACUCGCUAAACGAUUGCCUUAUCAUGCUCGGGGUGAAGAAGCUCACCUUAGAGGACGCGUUGAAGAUGGAGUGGAGCCCGCUCUACUCGAGAACCCGACAGUGGGUGCGGGCCAUGAAGCUCUUCGUGCGCGUCCACCUGGCAUCCGAGAGGCUGCUGGCCGAUCGGGUCUUCGUGGCCCUCAGGCCCAUGGUGGGGCCCACCUGCUUUGCCGAGUCGUCCAGGGCCCCUUUCCUCUGCCUACUGACCUUCGCCAAGGCCAUCGCCAUCGGGCUCCCCAAGCCAGAGAAUUUGAUCCGGAUCCUCGAUGUGCGCAAGGCCUUUGCGGGCCUUGCCCCGGACGUGGCAAAUCUGUACCCCGGCGGGCCCGGUACGUGCAUCAGAGCCGAAUGUAUGGAUGUCAUCGGGCGGCUGGGCACGUGCGCAAGGGCCACCUUCGUUGAGUUCGAGAGCUAUGUGGGGUCCGCCUCGGCCAUCCCGUUGCCGCCGGGGGGUGGGAUCCCUGACGGACUACGGUGA